UUGUACUACUUUGUUAGUAUGCCUCAACUAAUUGAAGCAUUAUCAGAUGACCGGAUCUCAACAUAUAACUUGAUGGCUUACUGAAUCAGCAUUCAACAUAGUUCUCUUCUAACACUUCACCAGAAAUGAUUAUGGAUAUCACAAGUCUCAUACUUGCUCUGUUCAUAGUUUACUGUUUUUGUCAGUGCUUAAGUUCUGCCAACAAUACCAUUACAUCAGGCCAAUACAUCACAGACCCUCACACUCUCAUCUCCCCUAACAGUGUCUUCAAGUUAGGAUUCUUCAGCCCUCAAAACUCAUCAAAUCGCUACCUGGGAAUCUGGUAUCUCUCUGACUCCAAUGUCAUAUGGGUAGCUAACAGAAACCAGCCACUAAAGACGAGCUCUUCCGGAACUGUUCAAAUUUCUGAGGAUGGCAAUCUUGUGGUUCUAGAUAGCAACAAAAGGGUUGUUUGGUCAUCAAAUGUGACACAUAAUAUUGCAACCAAUUCAACUGCCAAACUUUUAGAGACCGGAAAUCUAGUCCUGAUAGAUGAUGCCACAGGAGAAAGUAUGUGGGAGAGUUUCCGACAUCCUUGUCAUGCUCUCGUGCCAAAGAUGAAACUAAGUAUUACCCAAAAAACAUACGAGAAAGUACGCAUAACAUCAUGGAGAAGUCCCUCUGAUCCUUCUCUUGGGUACUACUCUGCUACUCUUGAACGCCCCAACAUUCCAGAAGUGUUUUACUGGAUUAAUGAAACGCAACCGUAUUAUCGGACUGGUCCAUGGAAUGGUCAGAUUUUUAUUGGCUCGCCUCAGAUGUCACGUGGUUAUCUAUAUGGAUGGAAUAUGAUGAAUGAUGAAGAUGAUGGAACUGUCUAUCUUUCUUACAAUUUGCCAAGUCAAUCUUACUUUGCAGUCAUGACCUUGAAUCCACAGGGUCACCCUACAAUCGAAUGGUGGAGGGACCGAAAGUUAGUGUGGAGGGAGGUGUUGCAAGGAAACUCAUGUGAUCGUUAUGGUCAUUGUGGGGCAUUUGGAAGCUGUAAUUGGCAGAGUUCACCAAUAUGCAACUGUUUGAGUGGAUAUAAACCUAAAUAUGUAGAGGAGUGGAAUAGAAAAAAUUGGACUAGUGGAUGUGUGAGGAGUGAGCCACUGCAAUGUGGUGAACAAACAAAUGGAAGUGAAGUCAGCAAAGAUGGGUUUUUGAGGCUUGAGAAUAUGAAAGUUUCAGACUUUGUACAAAGGUUAGAUUGUUUGGAAGAUGAAUGCAGAGCACAGUGUUUGGAGAAUUGCUCUUGUGUGGCCUAUGCAUAUGACAAUGGCAUAGGAUGCAUGGUUUGGAGUGGAGACUUGAUCGACAUACAGAAGUUCUCAAGUGGAGGGAUUGAUCUUUACAUUCGUGUGCCACCUUCAGAAUCAGAACUUGAAAAACAUUCAGACAAAAGAAGACACAAGACAAUUUUAAUUCCAGUUGGAAUAACUAUAGGAAUGGUUGCCUUGGCUGGCUGUGUUUGUCUCUCACGGAAAUGGACUGCUAAAUCAAUAGGAAAAAUAAAUUCACAACGGCAAGGAAUGAACGAAGAUCAGAAACAAGUCAAAUUGAAUGAUCACUUACCGUUUUUUAGUUUUGAAGAACUUGUAAAUGCUACAAAUAAUUUUCACUCGGCCAACGAGCUAGGUAAAGGAGGUUUUGGUUCAGUAUAUAAGGGACAAUUGAAAGAUGGACACGAAAUAGCAGUGAAAAGACUUUCAAAAACCUCAGGACAAGGGCUAGAAGAGUGUAUGAAUGAGGUAUUAGUGAUUUCAAGGCUUCAACAUCGCAAUCUUGUCAGACUUCUUGGUUGCUGUAUUGAACAGGAGGAAAAUAUGUUGGUAUACGAGUAUAUGCCUAACAAGAGUUUGGAUGUAAUAUUAUUUGAUCCAGCUAAAAAGCAGGAUCUAGAUUGGCCAAAACGCUUCAAUAUAAUUGAAGGAAUCUCUAGGGGUUUGCUUUAUCUCCACAGAGAUUCUAGAAUAAAAAUUAUACACAGAGACUUAAAGGUUAGUAACAUCUUGUUGGAUGGAGAGCUGAAUCCAAAAAUAUCAGACUUUGGUAUGGCCAAAAUAUUUGGAGGAAAUGAUAUGCAAGCCAAUACUAGAAGGGUUGUUGGAACAUUUGGUUAUAUGCCUCCAGAAUAUGCAUUCCAAGGGUUGGUUUCUGAGAAAUUAGAUGUCUUUGGUUUUGGAGUCUUGUUGCUAGAGAUUAUUAGUGGGAGAAAAAUCAGCAGCUGCUUCGAUCAUGACCAAUCAUUGAGUCUCUUAGGAUUUGCUUGGAAAUUAUGGAAUGAAAAGGACAUCCAAUCACUGAUAGACCCAGAAAUAUCGAAUCCAAAUAAUGUGAAUGACAUUGUGAGAUGCAUACACAUAGGACUUCUUUGUUCACAAGAACUUGCAAAAGAAAGGCCACUUAUGGCUACAGUAGUUUCAAUGCUUAAUAGUGAGAUUGUCGAUCUUCCUCCCCCAUUAAAUCCCGCAUUCAUCAAAAGGCAAAUUGUAUCAUGUGCAGAUUCAUCUCAACAGAAUCACAUAACACAGUCCAUCAACAAUGUUACUGUCACAGGCAUACAAGGUAGAUAGCAAAUUAUGAAUAAAAAAACUAUGGGCCUAUGGCUGAAUAUACUCCUAAAGAUCUUGAACUUUUAAAAACUGUAGACAAUCCAGAUCAGACAUUGAUAUUUAUUGUCAGAACCUAUGAACUUGAUUUUCUAUUUUUAUCAUCAAACUUGAAACGGAGGUCAUCAGUUUGAACUAAAUUUGUGUGCUGGGUUUAAUUUCAAUAUCAAAGUUUGUUCUCUUGUAACAUUGUUGAUUAUUACUAUUAGCCAUUGCGUACCUAAAGUCUGAGUAAGGUAUUAUUUGACUACCUUUAUCGUAAAAGUAAAUGCAGAGUAGAAGUUUUGGUUUAUAGUAAUUCUUGUAAGGAGUUGUAAUUAAUUG